GCACAUCAGGUGGGAGUCUCACUCAAGCACGGAGGCAAAACCAUGUCAUAAGUAGAGACAGAGACAGCCUCAUCAACCAUUCCUCAAAAUAUCAGUCGUAAUAUCCCCGAAAACAAUUUCCUUCACGGCCAUUGCGAAAAACAAACGAGAUGGGGAAGCAAACACCGGUUAACAAAGUCAUCAUUGUCGGCGCAGGACCGUCGGGGUUAUUGCUGGGCAUUCUUCUGGCCAAAGAGGGAGUCAAGGUGCAGAUAGUCGAGGCGUCCGACGAACUCGACAAGAACCCGCGUGCCGCUCAUUAUGCGCCAUCCGCCGUCUACGAUUUGGACCGAGCAGGUGUCUUGGAUGACGUGAAAGCGCAGGGGAUUCACCCAGACGCUGUUUGCUGGAGACAUCCUGAUGGGUCGUUCAUUGCGGGAAUCCGGAAUCGGAUGGAUAUUGACCAUCCAAUGGUCUGCUUGCCUCUGGACAAACUUGACAUCCUCCUUCUCGAGCAUUUUCUGAGAGCGCCAAACACCGAAGUGUUAUGGGAGCACAAGGUCGUGUCAAUCGAGCAAGACGAAAACGAGGCCCGCGUCAAUGUCGAGACACCGACUGGCAAGCAGACUUUCGCUGCCGAUUAUGUCGUUGGAUGUGAUGGCGCCAACAGCCAGAUAAGACGCUCGCUUUUUGGGGACUGGAACUACCCGGGAGAGACAUUGCAAAAGCAGAUCAUUGCCACAAACGUUUAUUAUGACUUCCACAAAUUCGGGUACUGGGACUCGAAUUUCAUCAUCGAUGAGAAAGACUGGUACAUGGCAGCUAGGAUUACCGAUGACGGUCUGUGGCGAGUGACGUAUGGUGAUGACUGGGGCCUGUCCAACGAAGAAUAUCUCAAGCGACAACCGGAACGAUUCGAGAAGAUUUUGCCCGGAAACCCCAAGCCAGGAGAUUAUAAGCUUGUCAGUGCCAGUCCUUACAAGCUUCACCAGAGAUGCGCCGAGUCCUUCCGAGUUGGCCGGUUCUUGCUGGCUGCCGAUGCUGCCCAUCUGUGCAAUCCCUUCGGCGGACUUGGCUUGACUGGCGGUAUUGCCGAUGUUGGAAGUUUGUACGAUGCACUGGUUGCAUUGAGGAAUGGAAAGACCGACGACAGCAUCCUGGACAAGUAUAGCGAGGUCCGACGAGAGAAGUGGGCAAAGAUCAUCGAUCCUAUGUCGCGAGCGAACUUCAAACGUGUGUGUCUUGACGAAGCCGAGUCCGACAGAAACGAGUUUUGGGCGCUUUGCAAGAAGAUGGAGGAAGAUGAUGAGCUGGCUCGACAAAUGGCGCAGGGAACAAAUGUUCUGCGGGAGGACUUCAGAGAGUACCUGACGGCAUAACUUGCGAGGACGCUACAUUUCCUGUUUCCCUGUCAGGAUGUUUCGAAUGAGAUGCGGCGGGUGAGUGUCGGCUCAAG